AAUAGCAAUCGGCAGUAAACGUUCGGAGCAAAGUACAGGCGAUUGGUGGUGUACGUUGUGUACAAGUGCCUCUUGGUGUAUUUUUGGCGGACACAUCUGGUCGAAUCACGAGCCCUUGACGCGUUUUCCGCCUUUCGGACGCAGUCGCCGUUAGUUAACCGACGUGGCAAUGGUUCGUCCGAUCGCUUAGAUCCUGCGUGGCACCUGUUCGCCGAUAAGCAUGGAGAAUCGCCGAACAGGACAAGAAACUCCGGAUUAUGUCAGGCGUCACGAGAUUAAGGAGGAAGAGAACCCGCGAUGGUGGCACGUGAGAGCGCGAAUCGUCGUGAUGAUACUCAUCUGCGUGGUUGUUGCUUCGAUGAUCAUUUACUGGUUCGUCAAUUCGAUCAUGGAGAAUCGGCGGGAUGGCAGAUACACGGGGUUGGCCAGUGGCAAGUCUCAUAAAGCCGCCCAUUUAAACAGGCUGUCGGAUUACGUUUUACCGUUGGAAUACACUUUGAAAAUAGUGCCUAUACUGGAAGAGGAAAAUUUCACAGCGAUUGGCAACGUGCAGAUCCAAUUUUAUUCGAAACUCCCGACUAAGCACAUACGCUUUCACGCUCGGAAACUGCUCAUACAAAAUAUUAGCGUGAGCGAGUACCGCUUACCGAACGCGUCCAAGCUAAUCAGCAAAUACGUGAUGACCGAUGAGGAAGAUUUUAUUGACGUGUUUCUUCUGCAAAUGUUGAUGGCGGGCGAGACUUACAUUCUGCACGUAAAAUAUACGAUACCGUUACACGAGAUUGCCAUAGGAUUUUUCCGGAACGCACACAUCGAUCCUGAUACCAAUGAAACCAGAUGGAUAGCGGUGUCCAAUUUCUCCCCGAACUACGCUCGGACGGCCUACCCGUGCUUCGAUGAACCCUGGAUCAAAACGCCAUUUCGCAUCUCGAUUGGCAGGAAGUCUAGCAUGCGAUCACACUCGAACUCGAUACGCAAAAUCACCGAAGAAAUGCAUGACAUGCCGGGAUACGUAUGGGAUCAUUACGAGAAGACCUUGCCCAUGCCCACUUAUGUAGUCGCCUUCAUGGUUACCGAUUACUUCAGCUACGACGUCGGCGUCACCGAUCGGCCAUCGCAUGCGAUUAUCUCCAGGAAGGAAGUCGCAAAUGAGACGAAAUAUGUUGGCCAACUGCUACCCAAGGUGCUCCGUUUAAUUCAGAAUUUCACAGGAUUUCACUACGAGCUGGACAAGCUGGACGUGAUCAUCGUCCCUGAAUUGGCUUAUUCUGCAAUGGAAAACUGGGGUCUCAUCACGUUUCGGGAAAAUAUUGCGCUUAUAAAGGAUGAUUACGGUGUCGAUUCCAAAAAGGUUUGCGCCAGCAUCAUGGCGCAUGAAGUCGCUCAUCAGUGGUUCGGUAAUCUGGUGACACCGAAAUGGUGGGACGACGUGUGGUUGAAGGAAGGAUUCUCUUCAUUCUUUGGAUUCUUGGCAAUGAGCGUGCUGGAGCCCGAGUCCUGGGAGCUGCAGGCGAGCUUUCUGAUCGAGUGUCACGACGUAUUUGACAUCGACGCCUACGAAACCUAUGCGCACCCGUUGCAUAUCGACCUGAGGUAUCUGAACGAGCUGAACGGCGUCUUCGAUUUGACGUCGUACGUCAAGGGUAAUUGUAUGGCGCGCAUGAUCUAUCAUUUUCUGGGCGAGCGGAUCUUCCUCUCGUCCGUGCGACGCUACAUGCGCACGUACUACUAUCGCAGCGCCGAUCAGGAGGAUCUCUGGAGCGCUUUUCAGGCGGAGAUCGACAGAACGAGGAGACUACCGGCUUCCUCGAGGCUCAGCAUGAAGGACGUUAUGCGAACCUGGACGUAUCAGGCCGGCUUCCCCGUUCUGCAGGUCCGGCAGAACCGCGAAACCGGUGCGAUCGAGCUUACGCAAGACCGAUUUUAUCAUUAUGGCCUAAAUAGUACGAGCGAGGAGUUAUGGCACGUCCCGUUGACGUGGACAACCGAAAAUGAACAGCAAUUUGGUAAUAACCUGCCGAAGGCAUGGAUGGUCAAGAAACGCAUGAAAAUUAACGACACCGCCCUGAGCCGGGCGAGUUCCAACAACCAGUGGAUUCUGUUCAAUAUCAAUCAAACGGCUUUAUAUCGCGUCAACUACGAUGUCGAGAACUGGAAACUGUUGGCGAAGUCCUUUCGAGCUCUGCCUGAAGUAGUAAAAGUGCAGGUGCUGAGUGACUCGUUUGCGAUGGCUGACGCCAAAUUGCUCGAUAAAAGAGUCAUGUGGAAUAUUCUUGAGAAACUCGAGGCGGAGAGCGGAGAGACGUUGUGGACGAUCGCGAUGAUAUUUUUGACUACCAUCCAGAAUCGUCUUUGGGAUUCGAAUGCACUUGAGUUCUCGAUGUGUAAGUUUAUAGAGAAGGUAUACACCAAAUCGGCACGAUCGUUGAUCUACAUGGACCCAGCACUGUGGACAAAGUUCAAAAUUAAUCUAAUGAGCAUGGCAUGCUCGGUGGGUCAUCGAACAUGCUUGACCACAAUCUUCAACCUUGCCCGAAAAAUGUUGCAAGAUAACUUCUCAAGCUCUAUUCCAGAGCAAUUUCGUAGCUUGUCUUAUUGCACGCUCAUGAAAGUCACUACGGACGAACAAUGGCUGGCACUCCUGAAGAGAUACAACGAAUCGACGGUACACGAUAAGGAAAGCCUCGCCUUCGCGCUGGGAUGUCACGCUAACGCGAGUCUUUUGCAAGGAUACCUGUCCGUAAUGUUCUCGCAGAAUAAUAUAACGCAGGCAGAAACGGCCUUAAGAUCCGUCGCAUCGAAUCCAUUUGGGUUUCGCGUUGCGAUGGGAUUUCUGACUGAAAAUUGGGACAAGUUUAACGAAAAUGCAACAGCAGACAACGAGAAUUACGCGAAUGUUACCCUGGCCAGAACGUUGCAUGCCAUCUCGAGACGCAUUCGCCAGAAAGAAGACAUGGAAUGGCUACGGCGACUACAAGGCAGCAGCGUGAAAUACGACACGUGGAUUGGGCAAGUUAUUAAUAGCGUGCGGACCAAUGUCGCCUGGUACCAGGAGCAAAGAAACGAGACACUCAAGAUACUGGAGGAGAUCUCCAUGAGACACGUCGAGACGAGAGAUUGCAGGAAACGGGAUUAACGAAGGCGCCGCGCAUUAAGAGUUCGUCUGCGAAGUCGACCAAGCUACUACGAAGCGAUCACGUAAGCGACUGCCGAGGUAAUUGCGAACGAUCCACGAUGGUGAGAAAUUAGUUUGCGCGGGUCUCGUGACGCUGCAAUUUGCUUCGGGAUACGUUAAAUCGUUCAUCAGCGAAAGCUGACUUUACGGAAAGGAUACGGGUACUCGCACGCGACAUGGAUGCCUUGUUGCCAGCGAACACCAUCGACGGCGGCAAUGGUAGUCGAUGAGAGAAUGUACUUUUUCUAGCGUUGUCCAAUAAAGAAGACUUCUGGAGAA